UUGCAGACUCUCUGUCAAAACGUCACGUUCUUCUACGAGUUAUUCAAUUUCUACUACAUUUGCAACUUUUUCGAAGACCAGUGGCCAGUGUUUUUCACAACAACAUUUGCAUGGGAAAUAUGUCAUGCAAUGGAUGGGUUCAUAUUUGUUCUCUUCCAUUUCCGCUGGUCGCAGUUUGGCAAGACUCAAAUAAAUGCCGUCCCAACAACUGUUGUCAGUGGUAAACAUCCAUCACACCCUGGCGAACAACACGGCAUUACCGUCUGUCUACCUAAUUAUACAUUUAAGCACAUGGAAACUCACGAAGAUAUCAAAAUUUCCUCAAAGUUCUGCCAUCAACGGCUGGGGCUUGGAGAGGCGCACCUCUACACUGGUGAUGAUGAUGUGCCUGUCGCCUACACGCUCAAUCCCUUUAUGAUGUACUACUCACCAAAGAAAAUAGAGUUCAAAAAG